UGGAACCUUUAUGUCGUUAGCAGUAAGUUCCACCCGGUGGUUUUAGGCGACAGUACCAGAGACGGACCAACUGUGGAAACAAAUCCGACUGUCAUGGGUUCUUAACGAUAUCGGAUUAAAAGAAGAAAUAACCUCUAAAAUACUAAACAAAUAUCCGAAGACAGAUUCUCUCCUUCGUCUUUAACGGUCCUCGUUAUUCUCCACACGUCCCGUGGUCUUGGACGUUUCGUAAACAGCAAAACAAAUCAACAACAACAAUGGCUUCUGGUUCCUCCUCCCCGGACACUGCGACGGGUUCAGGGACUGACCCGGCCCGGCCCGACACCGGGGAGCCUCUGGGAGGAGCAGGCUCAGACUCGGACUCCGACCUGGGUCUGGAUCAGUUUGACUGCAGUGGGGGGGAGGACCGGCUGGAGGGGGACGACCUGCAGCGGGAGUUCGAGUCCGCAGCAGACCGGGUCCGGGACCUGGUGCAGACCGCCGGGAGGGACCAGCUGCUCUACCUGUAUGCCCGGUACAAACAGGCCAAAGUGGGAAAGUGCAAUACACAGAAACCUGGCUUCUUUGACUUUGAAGGACAGAGGAAAUGGCAGGCCUGGAAGCAGCUCGGAGACAUGGAGGCGGACCAGGCGAUGCAGGAGUACAUUUCCUGCGUCAACGAGUUAGACCCUGAAGGCAGCACGAAGGAAAGACGAGGAGCAGAAAGAAGAACGGGCUUCGGCGGAGCAACAGUCAGCUCUCUAUACCAGGAGGAGAUGAUCAGGGAAGAGGAUAAAAACAUCUUCGACUACUGCAGAGAAAACAACAUCGACCACAUCAGCGAGGCCAUCGUCUCCCAGAAAGUGGAAGUCAACACUAAAGACGAAGAGGGCCGGGCUCUCCUGCACUGGGCCUGUGAUCGAGGACACAAGGAUCUGGUUUCUGCUUUGCUGCAGCACAAAGCGGACAUCAACAGUCAGGAUAAUGAAGGACAGACGGCGCUACACUACGCCUCGGCCUGUGAGUUUGCAGAGAUCGUGGAGCUGCUUCUGAGCGCCGGCGCCGACCCGUCCAUCAGAGACCUGGAGGGAUCGCUCCCCGAGGAGGUGACCGAGUCCAGCGCCAUCUCCUCCCUCCUGCAGCAGCACACGGCUCCCACAGGAUAGACCCCGCCCCCCAUCUCCUCCUCCCUGCUCCAUCAUCACCCUCCUCCAUCAUCCCUACAGAGACUCUGCCCCCCCCCCCUCCUCCAGCAGUUAGUUAGUAAACUAUUUUAUUUCCAAAUACUCUGAGUUUGGUUUCUCUGUGACUGAUGAAGUGAAGCCCCCCAUGUUUAUUUUUUCAUCUGAUUUGUGUUUAUUGGAUUUACCGCCCGGUGGGGUUGGGUGAUAUGACGCUCGCUGCUGUGAGUUUGUUUCUGAACUGAGGUUGUUUUGCAAAUAUAUAUCUCUGAAGCACGGUUUCAAAUCCUGAGCAGUUUCCAGCAGAGUGAACCCAGAGAUGUUGAGACCCCAAAGGUUCAUGUUGGAAUUGUAUAGUAGGGGUCCCCAGCUCAUAGAAGCUGCCGGAUGCUAACCUGCAUAUGUUGGGCAAUUUACACAGUUAGCAUCAGUUGUGUUAAUUAGCAUUAUGCAGACAACAGCUUCAGAAUGGCUUGGCUGAUUUGUACAAUUUCAGAGGGAUUUUGAAAGUUAUUGAAUCAAUUUCUGACAUUUAUAGGAUCAGAAAUAGCAGUUUUGAGUCCCCAAAAGCUUUCAAAUCGACCCAAGUACAAGUAUGUCCAACUUCAGGUUAAAACUGACAUUGUUCAUACUGAAAUAGGAUGUUUAAUCCAGUUCCAGUUUUAACCUGAAAUUGGACAUAUUUUUAAAGCUUUUGGGGACUCAAAAGAAAUGGAUAAAACAUCCUCAAAACCUCCAGAACCACUCAUAAAUUGUCAAAAUCGGCCAAGCCAUUUAUUUACUUUUGUCUGCAGAUGCUAGUUGAUGCUAAAUAACGAAACUAAUGCUAAUUGUGCAAAUUGCCCAAAAUAUGCAGGUUAGCACCCUGCAGUUCCUAUGUGAUGGAGACCCCUACUAUACAUUUCUAUCAUAAAACUCUGGGGUCUCAACACCUCGAGGAUCACAACAGGAGCUGCAGACGGACCAAAAGAGAGGAUGUGAUGGAACAUCUGGAUCUCUCAGGUGUUUGAGUCACUGGUCGAACCAAAAACUGACAUUUCCAUUCAUCAGAAUCCUGUGAACGACUUCAGAGGAAUGUCCUCACAUUAAUAUAUGUAUAUAUUGUUCUCACAGUAUGAAACAUACUGUAAUUAAAUAUUUGUACAUAUCACCCACUCCUACUGCCCAGGCCUUUUAGUCUGGCUCCGCCCCCUCUGAGCAUCUCUUCAUCAUUCAGUCGUUUCAGGAAUGCUUUGAACAUGUCAUUAGUCACAUUAAAGUCUUCAACAAGUCCUU